AUGGAAGAGAACAAGAAAAUUUUCGAUGACCUGCUCUCCCGAUAUUCAGAGGUAGAAAAGAGCCAGGCAUUUAAAAAACUCAAUUUUAAUCUGAUUCUUCGGCUCGGUCUCCUCUAUCUAAUUUUGUAUGUUGACUGCUGCAACUUACGAAAUGCCUAUCCGGCAGGUAUGGGUCAAGAAUGGGGUUUCACAUCAGAUCGGUUUGGGUGGAAGAUCAUGUUGGUUUACAUUGCUUACAUUGCCAUUAAUUGGCAUAUGCUGCUUAAGAAGAUAAUCCCGCUGCCACUGUGGGUUGCUGGGAUCACGUUCGGCUGGGGCACUUGCAUUAUGAUCGACGCUGUGGCUGGUCGUUCUGCGAGCUUGCAAGCCAUCCGUUGUGUAAUGAUUAUCUUCAGAGCGGGCUUUGCACCGGGUGUGGCCUUGUAUCUAUCCUUCUUUUAUCCUCGGUCGGAGAUGGGCUUUAGAUAUGCCCUUUUUAUCUCAUGCUCGGCCAAUGCCAACGGCUUCGCAUCCGCUUUGGCCAACCAGAUUGCCCAUGCAACUAUAUCAAUUGUUAGUUUCAAGUUGGUGGUUCUUAUUGUAAGCAUUCAUGCCUUCGCGAUCCCGCCUCUUGUCUCCGCUCUUUUUCCCACAGGGCCUGGUAAGUGCUGCUUCCUCACACUGGAGGAAAACGAGAUCGUGCGCCUUCGAGCGCUUUCAGCGCGUGGGUAUGAGAAGAAGGGAAAGCUGAACAUGAACGAUAUUUCCGCUGCUUUGUGGGAUUAUAAAAAUUACGUUCAAGGAGUUAUCCUCCUUUGCUUGAAUUUUACCUUCAGAGCGCUCCCUGCGUUCCUCCCGACGGUUAUUGAGGACAUGGGAUACUCUACAACCCAGGCAAAGGGCCUCUCGAUAACCCCGUACCUACUCGCAUAUUGUAUCUGUCCACUGGCUUCCUUUGCAUCUGAUCGGGUUGGCAACCGCUCAAACUUCGUCAGUAUAUUGAGUAUACUUGGGGGUGUUGGGUAUCUGAUCCAGGCACUUGUCAAAGCAGAGGGUGUACGAUACUAUGCGUGCUUCCUUAUCUGUGGUGGUGUGUUUCCUUCUAUGGUAUUGAUUUUCACAUGGGUUACCGACAAUGGGGGAUCCGCUUCCAAACGUGGUGCUGGCCUGGUGAUUCUUAGCAUGCUAGGUCAACUUGGAUCCAUUGCCGGGGGCCGUUUCUUUCCCAAAGAGGAAGGACCAUUAUAUGUCAAGGGUAUGGGCAUUAGUGCUGGCUUGCUGUUCUUCGCGGCAGUUCUUGCUCAGGUGCUUGGAUCGUUAUUGAGACGGGAGAACGUGCGCCGCAACGCUGUCCACGGCUUUGAAGACGGCAACAGGAAAGAUAAUAUUGCGAUUGAUUCGAGAGAUGAUUAUCCGAGCUUUCGUUUCAUUUUAUGA